AUGGAAGACUCCAAAAAGGCGCUCCUUUCACAAAUGGAAGACUUCACCACUGCAUCCGAUCCACCCCCAGCCUACGACCAGCCAACCACCAAGCCAAACCGCGGGGCACCACUACCACGCCCACCACCCCUCAAUCUACCCGCACUGAACAACCUCCGCAACAAGCGCGUAAUCCUCGCCUCACAAUCCCCCCGCCGCAAACAAAUCCUCUCAUUCCUAGGCCUCCCCAACCUAGAAAUCAUCCCCUCAAAGGCAGAAGAAGACCUCCCCAAAAGCCUCGGCCCCUUCGAAUACGUCCUAGCAACAGCACAAAAGAAAGCCCAAGCAGUCUACGAACAAGAAAUCAACAACGAAACCCAAGGCGAACCAGCCCUCAUCCUAGCAGCCGACACAAUCAUCGUAGACCCCACUUCCGGCUCAAUCCUCGAAAAACCACGCUCAGAAGCACACCACGUCUCCAUGCUCCGCUCCCUCCGCGAUAUCCGCGACCACAAAGUCUACACUGCGCUCGUGGCUAUGGCGCCUUUGGCUAGUGCCCGGGAUCCGGGGUAUGCUAUGGAGACGACGGUUGAGGAGACGGAUGUGCGGUUCGAUGGUGAGGUGACGGAUGAGUUGAUUCUGGCUUAUGUGCGGACGCGCGAGGGUGCGGAUAAAGCUGGUGGGUAUGGGUUGCAGGGGCUUGGGAGUAUUCUUGUUGAGAAGGUGGAUGGGAGUUAUGAUAAUGUUAUUGGGUUGCCGCUUAAGGCGACGCUGAAGUUGAUUGAGACGGUUAUGGCGAAGGCGGAUGAUGAAGAGGAUAUGUUUUCCGAUGGAGAGGAGGAGGAUUUAGAAUAG